AUGCGGUUCUUCUUAAGGCGUUCACUUGCAGCAGCUAUUUCCCUGCUUGUGUUCCUGCUCCUCGUAAGUCUGUCUCCUUGGACCCAAGAGGAUUCUGAGACGGUGAGUAUAGCAUAAACCACAUGUUCUGGGCAGAAUAAAAGGAAACUGAUACCCAAUAGGCCUUGCUACUCCCAUCCUGUUGUUCUUCUGUUUGGCUAGAAGCCAGGGAUUCUGUUGAGACAUUUCUGCAAAAUAUUUUCAGGGAAUAUAGGGACCUGACUCCCCACCCCCACCCCUGUCUCUUUAUGCAGGGGGGUGAGGAUCCAGAUUCUUAAAUUUAACUGGUGACAUGUCCUUCAUUGGGGAGAGGGGGUCAAAGGUAGCUGUGGACACAGCUACUGAGGCAGAAAAGCCAAAAGGUGCUUCAUUGGGGAUAAACAAUUAAUAACUGAUGGGAUUGAAAAUGUUAAGCCUUUGUAAUGGUACCCUGAAAUCAGAUGUAGGGUCUUCUUCCUCUUUUCCUCAGAAGCGGGUAUUGCACCCACUCUCUCGCUCGAUAGCAGGAGCAUGGAUUGAAAGUGACAGGCAUCAAAUCCCCAUAUAUAUCUUGGGUUCUGAUUCCUCAUUAUAAUCCUUCCAAGUGAUUCCUACAAAAAUACAUUGUGUUGAAUCCCCACCCCCUAAGAAACUCUUGUUCAGGCCUGCUUAGACCUCUUGGGACAGGGGGAGGGUUUGAAAGGUAGAAGGGACUCCUACAUCCACCUGUGUUAUGUAGCUCUAGAGGGCUCAGGUUGCAGCGGAUGGGCAGUGGGGGAAAGGGAGGCUGCCAACCCUAAACUUCGCAUUGUAUUGCUAAAUAGCAGUGGGUGGAGUGUGACUGGCUCUAAAGACUAGGAAAGGCAAAAGGUGUCAUUUCCUCCUUUUCUCCCUCCUGAAACAUGCCAACAUAUUGCAGGGAAGGCUUGUACCCAACAACCUCUCCUCCAGCAUUCUUUCUCAACUGCAAGCAGCUCGAACAAACCAUUCCCUCUGCUACCCAUUUUCUUCCCUACCCCUCUGAAAAUUAACACCCAACAUUAUUAUGUGUGUCGACUUCCCUUGGUGAUUUAUGUCAUUGAUAGGCACACAUAAUCAGCUGUUCAUUACAGAUAAUGGAGAAACCCGGGGUUUUCCUGUAGCUGUGGCUAGGAAGCAAGUAUGCUUACACACAACAACAACAACAGCAACAACAACAACAGGCGUUUAUGCUGGCUGCAUACACACCAUACAUUUAAGGCAGGUCCCUCUCUGCAAUUCUAUGGUUCUACAAACUUAUCAUUCUGCAUUCCUUGUGAGUCCCUUGAGUAUGAAGCCCAUUUUCCACUUUGGACCUGGGGGCGGGCCCCAUACUCACUACCACAGCUUAUAAGGCUCCAAGGAGGCCUUGGGGUGGGAUGGAUGUUUAGUCGGGUGUGGGAAUUUGUUUAAUUUUGGUGUGUUUGUAUCUUUUACUGUUUUUGGUUUUUAUUGUUUUGUUGUUGUUGUUGUUGUAUAGGUUUUAAUUUGAUUUUAAGGGGAGGGGUCAGGGCUGCCUGGGAGUGGGUCCCAGCCAACAAAAUGGCUGGGGCAGGUUCCACAGGGGGGAAGCACUGGGACAACCGAUCUCAGUGAUCACGGGUAGGAGGAGGAGUUACGCUAAGACCAGACCACGUCAUUACCGAGGAGGCAGGUUUAGUUGUUGUUUGAGGACUAUCCCUGCCUCCAGGUCUGGUCUUGACCGGACGGUUACUGGAAUCAGCAAGGGAUACCCACACAACCUGAAGGUGCUGCUGUGCAAUGCCAGGUCAAUGAUCCAUAAAACCAUUGUGAUCCAUGACUUGAUCGUGGAUGGAGGACUUGACCUGGCAUGUGUAACAGAGACUUGGUUGGAUGAAGCAGAUGGGCCUGUCCUAGCUGCUGCUUGUCCACUAGGUUUCUCUUACGCACAGCAACCCAGGCCUUGUGGGCGGGGAGGGGGGGUUGCAGUGAUUUUUAGGAAGUCAUUAGUUUGCACCAGGUGUCCUAUUGGGAAGAUCCAGUUCUCUGAGUGCAUGUUCUGAAGGUUGGGCAAUAGGGGCAGUACAGGAUUCCUUUUGGUAUACCGACCUCCCUGCUGCACCAAGGAUUCCCUGCCCGAGCUGCUUCAGGUCAUGGCGGAUGUUCUCCUGAAGAUACCUAGUUUGGUUGUCCUAGGAGAUUUUAACAUCCAUGCUGACAUGACCUUACAAGAGGCUGCUAGGGACUUCGUGGAAAGCAUGACCUCCAUGGGGCUGUCCCUGAAUUAGUCUGGCCCAACUCAUGCCUUAGACCUGGUGUUCACCUCUAUGGAUGUUGGUGAUCUGACAUGAAGUAAAAGCGAAACUAAAGAAGUGCCAUGGUUAGAUCACUUCCUGGUGCAACUGGACUUCUCCACUACCCUUCCUUUCUGCAGGGAGGUGGAACCGAUUCGGAUGGUCUGCCCCCGCCACUUAAUGGAUCCAAAUGGUUUCCAGAGAGUGGUAGGGGAUGUUUUAUCCCAUGCUGAUGGCCUUGCAGCUGAUUCCCUGGUGGCCCGCUGGAAUGUGGAGUUAACCAGGGCUAUUGACUGUUUGGCUCCGAAGCGCCCUCUCCGAUUGCAUGGAGCCUGGACAGCCCCAUGGUUUGCCACAAAUCUGAGGGCAAUGAAACAGUCGCUGAGACGGCUAGAGCACCAGUGGCUGAUAACUCAUUCUGAAUCUGACCAGAAGGUCCUGUGUGAGUGUCUGGAGGUGGUUGGAGGAUGGAUGGCAGCUAGCAGAUUGAGGUUGAAUCCUGACAAGAUAGAAAUACUGUUUUGGGGGGACAGGAGGCGGGCAGGUGUGGAGGACUCCCUGGUCCUAAAUGGGGUAACUGUGCCCCUGAAGGACCAGGUGCGCAGCCUGGGAGUCAUUCUGGACUCACAGCUGUCCAUGGAGGCGCAGGUCAAUUCUGUGUCCAGGGCAGCUGUUUACCAGCUCCAUCUGGUACGCAGGCUGAGACCCUAUCUGCCCAUGGACUGUCUCACCAGAGUGGUGCAUGCUUGGACUACUGCAAUGUGCUCUAUGUAGGGCUACCUUUGAAGGUGACCCGGAAAUUACAACUAAUCCAGAAUGAGGCAGCUAGGCUGGUGACUGGGUGCGGCUGCUGAGACCACAUAACUCCAGUCUUGAAAAACCUACAUUGGCUCCCAGUACAUUUCCAAGCACAAAUCAAAGUGUUGGUGCUGACCUUUAAAGCCCUAAAUGGCCUCAGUUCAGUAUACCUGAAGGAGCGUCUCCACCCCCAUUGUUCUACCUGGACACUGAGGUCCAGUGCCGAGGGCCUUCUGGCAGUUCCCUCACUGCGAGAAGCCAAGUUACAGGGAACCAGGUAGAGGGCCUUCUCGGUAGUGGCACCUGCCCUGUGGAACACCCUCCCACCAGAUGUCAAAGAGAACAACAAUCAGAUUUUUAGAAGACAUCCGAAGGCAGCCCUGUUUAGGGAAGCUUAAUAUUUUGUUGGAAACUGCCCAGAGUGGCUGGAGAAGCCCAGCCAGAAGGGCAGGGUAUAAAUAAAUUAUUAUUAUUAUUAUUAUUAGUAGUAGUAGUAGUAGCCAUCCCCUUUCUGCUUCCAAACUGAUAGGCACUCAGCUACCCCCUAUUUUGAGCAGUGAUGGUGGUUCUUGGGAGUUGCCAAGAACCUACCUUGCUUGUUGUCCCCGUAUCUAGAGAUGCGGAGCCCAUUGUGUUGGCCCACAGAUGUGCUCUGGAACAUAUACUUUCUUCUAAGUGUUGUUGUCCUGUUUUUCCACAGAAGGAAGUACGACAGUGGGCCCAGGAUGUGGGGCUACAGCAAUUGCACACUGACUGGAACCAACGUAGCCUCCAAAAGCUAGGGAAUGCCACCAACUUCCCAAACAUCUCUUAUCGCUAUCUUGCUGGCAUCCCCCCACCCCAGAAAAGUGAGUACAGCACACCUCCCAAAAGGCAGAUCAAAAUUAGAAGGUGCACAGGAGGCAAUGGGUCCAUUUUAGAAGUCCAUGUUUGCAUAGAAGAAAUUUGCAUUUCAGACUGUCGCAAGAGAAUGUGGACUGUGCACGUACAGAUCUGUCACAUCAGCACCAUGCAUUUUAUGUAUUCUUGUACCACUUUAACAGUCAUGGCUCUCACCCAAAGAAUCCUGGGAAUUGCAGGCCUUUGUGGUCAGUGCCCUUAACAGACUACAGCUCCCAGGAGUCUUUGGAGGAAGUCAUGACAGCUAAAAUGCUAUAAGAGUGCUUUAAAUUUACUGUGCGGGUGUGAUCAGAGAGAACUGGGAAUGUGGGAUGCCUUUGUGGGCUCACUACUAGGAUCUCAUCUUUUGCUAAGCACAGACUUCUGCAGUAGAACCAUGUUUCUGCCUUUAAUUCUAGGGCAAGGGUCAGCAAACUUUUUCAGCAGGGGGCUGGCCCACUGUCCCUCAGACCUUGUGGGGGGCCAGACUAUAUUUUGGAAAAAAAAUAUGAACGAAUUCCUAUGCCCCACAAAUAACCCAGAGAUGCAUUUUAAAUAAAAGUACACAUUCUACUCACGUAAAAACACACUGAUUCCCGGACCGUCUGCAGGCCGGAUUUAGAAGGUGAUUGGGCCUUAGUUUGCCUUUGUUGCUGUUUAGUCGUGUCCGACUCUUCGUGACCCCAUGGACCAGAGCACGCCAGGCACUCCUGUCUUCCACUGCCUUCUGCAGUUUGGUCAGACUCAUGUUCUUAGCCUCGAUAACACUGUCCAACCAUCUCGUCCUCUGCCGUCCCCUUCUCCUUGUGCCCUCCAUCUUUCCCAACAUCAGGGUCUAUUCCAGGGAGUCUUCUCUUCUCAUGAGGUGGCCAAAGUAUUGGAGCCUCAACUUCAGGAUCUGUCCUUCCAGUGAGCACUCAGGGCUGAUCUCCUCCAGAAUGGAUAGGUUUGAUCUUCUUGCAGUCCAUGGGAUUCUCUAGAGUCUCCUCCAGCACCAUAAUUCAAAAGCAUCAAUUCUCCGGCGAUCAGCCUUCUUUAUGGUCCAGCUCUCACUUCCAUACAUCACUACUGGGAAAACCAUAGCUUUAACUAUACGGACCUUUGUCAGCAAGGUGAUGUCUCUGCUUUUCAAGAUGCUGUCCAGGUUUGUCAUUGCUUUUCUCUCAAGAAGCAGGCGUCUUUUAAUUUCGUGACUGCUGUCACCAUCUGCAGUGAUCAUGGAACCCAAGAAAGUAAAAUCUCUCACUGCCUCCAUUUCUUCUCCUUCUAUUUGCCAGGAAGUGAUGGGACCAGUAGCCAUGAUCUUAGUUUUUUUGAUGUUGAGCUUCAGACCAUAUUUUGCGCUCUCCUCUUUCACCCUCAUUAAAGGGUUCUUUAAUUCCUCCUCACUUUCUGCCAUCAAGGUUGUAAAUCUGAGACAGAAGAGAGCCCCUUGUGGCUGCUUCCUUUUUUACCUGGACGGGUAAAAGUUGGGUUUUCUGUCCAUUUCUGGCCUUACACUGCCACCCAGUGGGGAAAUAGAGCUGGAAGCUUACAGUGUACAGGAACGCAUAGCUUUCCUCCACUAUUGUGCUUGCUAUCAGGGAAAGAAGGAAAGGGGCAACUGCCCCUUCUGUCCAUUUGCUCAUUAUCUGUACCUCCAAGGCAACAGGUGAGGAUGUGGUUGAUGCAUCUCAUAAGAACAGAAGGCAAGCCUGCUGGAUCAGGCCUGUUCCCAUCUAGAACAUCAUCCUGUUCUCACAGUGGCUGACCUGUGGGAAACCUGUAAAUUGAACAUGGGUGUAUCAGCACUCUGCCCACCUGCAAUUCACGGCAACUGGUAUUCAGAGGCAUAGUGGCUCAGACAAUGGAAAAUCUUCCUUUCCAUCUAAAAAACAUGUUUUGCUCACUUGCCUUCCUUGUCCACUGUACCCAGGAGGCCACUGGGUUCCUAUAGUACCACAGAUGUGGGGAAGGAAAUGGAGGGAGAGGCAGUGGAAAGGGGUAUGAGGCCCUGCAGCUAUAUCCUCUCCCACUGCCUCAGUGUGGGAGGAUCUCGGACUUGCAAUGCACCAAAAGUAGUCAGGUGUGCAUGGGCACAAACAACACCACCUUCAUGUCCUCUUUGUGUGCACACACAUUCAAGGCAACCUAUGCCCUGCAUAGAUGCAUGAUGGUCCCUCACCUACCUUCUCAGAAAAUGGAAAUGAUAGCAGAACAAGCCUAGGCCAUCCUCUCAGCCUUAUGCUCACCUGUGCUUUGCUGUCACUUCAUUUGGGGGUGAUUUUUCCUAUGUUUUCUGAUUUGAUGCUGGGACAGGUACAGAAACAUUCGUGCUGCUGUACCACAGGUAAAAUUCACAGGGGUUUUUUUUUAAGAGAGCGAAGGAGCAUAUAUAUCACAUUCUUUUCACUUUUGCUCAGAUUGCCCAGAUCUUCCAGGCAACCUGGUUUCAAAACUUGUAAUUGUCAUGUUUCCUAAAACAUUCUGAUUUUUAAAAUCCCAUUGGCACUCAAGAAUGUCGUUGUGAACCCAAGCCACAGACCCCGAGCUAGAGGAAAGCCUAUUGGGGUUUGUGAGAAGCAGGAGUUCCAAGAAGAGUCUUAACCACCAGAGUGCAGAGUUCUGACACUUUAUUGAAGAUAAGUAUAGGCUUACAGCAAUGCAGCCUGCUGGUUCCCCUUGCCCUGGCUCAAAGCCUUCUGUGGGACAGACUCUACAGCAAGGAGACAGCUUGUCCGCACCCAAGCAAAGCUAUAUACAGUAUUUAUACAGCAGGGCAGUCUGUGUCAGCCACCUGACCAAGUUGCAGAUAGCCAAUACUCAAAACAUGAUAGGUAGUUCUUUUUCUGGGCUCUGUGCCUAACAUCCCAGUUCCCACUGAUAAGGGUACCAUCAAAGCAAAUCAAUUAGGAUAUCAAAGCAAGCAUGUGUAAACAUAUAUGAGCUCAUAGCCAUAGCAACUACCAAUUAAUUGUAGGCCUAUCUUGAGUGCCAAGAUGAUGCAAGCACAGCUUCCAAAGCAGUUCACCUUUAUUACAACACAACCAUUUUAUGGGUCAAAAGUGCACACUAUCACUUUCUUGCUGCUAGUGAAUAGGACUUGUGCAACAAACUGGUCUGUGUUAGCCAGGACCUAUCUAAAUUUGAAAUUCUGAAAUUAACAGAGGAAUCUAUCUCCAGGUGAGUUACAUAAAAGCCAGUUGAAGAUGUAGAGCACAAAGGUUUUGAACUGGGCUGAUCCUUUCAUACACAAAGAUGGUCAUUUGUUGGCCUAAUCCAGGCGCAUGUUGAGCGGGUUUGAAAUCCAAACUCAUAAAGCUAACAGGAUGGGAAAAAUUAUCCCCACAGACAUGCAACCCUUUAAUGGUCGAGUUUAUUUUUAAUAUACUAAGCUGACAUUGAAUUCUUCAUAUAUUCCAAGUCCGUUUUGUCAACUUCAGCAAAAAAUUAUGGUCAGAAAUGUCCUGAGAUGACAUUUUAGCAGAAAUUGAAUAACUCUGCGUCAAACAGUAACAACACUGUGCUUAGCCUUUUCUAUUCUGCAACUCUAAACAGUUUUGCUAAAUGUUGCUCUGACAUUAGCUAGAGAUUUUUCCAGAAUAAAAUCCUGGAUUCACAAAUGCAUGCUUUGAAAGAAGCCUACUUCAGUGAAAAAGCACUUUCAUUUGUCUGUCUUGAAUUUACUGCCAGCCACUUUGAUUUAGCGAUGUUCUUGCGGAUUUGUGUAGAUGCAAGGAACUGUAUGCCUGUUAUAAUCUGCUGCCAGCCUGUCUUGCAUUCAUGAGGUGUCUCCCCUUUGGCUCCUGAUUUCAGAGUUUCUGACUGUGGGGCUGUGUUCUGUCAAGCGGAAGCGAGGGAACUACCUUCUGGAAACCCUGCAGUCUAUCUUUCAACAAUCAACGCGUGAAGAGCUGAGGGAGAUGGUGGUGGUGGUCCACUUAGCUGAUUCAGACCAGGAGUGGAAUUCUCAAGCACUGGAGAAAAUUGCCAAGAGGUUUGCUCCGCAAGUCUUGCUGGGCCGCCUGCUGGUCAUCCAUGCUCCUUCUGAAUACUACCCUCCCUUGGAAGGCCUGAAACGGAAUUUCAAUGAUGCCAAAGACCGUGUGCGAUUCAGAUCGAAGCAGAAUGUGGAUUACGCCUACCUCAUGAACUUUGCAGCCAACCUCUCCACCUACUUUCUCAUGAUUGAGGAUGACGUACGUUGUUCCAAGUCCUUCUCCACAGCCAUCAGGAAGUCUGUGGCAUCUCGGGAAGGCUCCCCCUGGGUCACCCUGGAGUUCUCCAAGCUUGGCUACAUUGGCAAGCUUUACCACUCCAGCGACCUGCCCCGUCUUGCUCAGUUCCUCCUGCUCUUUUACCAAGAGAUGCCCUGCGACUGGCUUUUUGUGCAUUUCCGCCUCCUUCUUACCCAGAAGGACGCGAUCCGUUUCAAGCCAUCCCUAUUCCAGCACAUUGGCCACUACUCUUCCUUCCAGGGCACCGUAAACAAGCUGAAGGAUGAAGACUUUGAAGAGGACCUCUCCACACACCCUGACAACCCCCCUGCAGAUAUGAUUACAGAUAUUAAGACGUUUGAGAAUUACCUUCCCAGCAAGGCUUACAGCAACAUGGAAGACUACUUCUGGGGCAAGGACCCCUCUGCUGGGAAUUCAUUCACAAUUGUUUUUAAGCAAGCUACCCAAAUCUUCCGCAUCCAGAUCCUCACAGGCUCCAAACAGCGCCCAGGAGACUAUCUCCGGGCGGGGAUUGUGGAGUUGGGCACCCAGAAGGGCCGGGGUGGCUUGCGCUGUACUAGCUACACCCCAAUUGGACACUUUGAGCAUGGAAGCUUUGACAAGCAAGGCCUGGAGGGCAGGACUGCCUCUGCCCCCGAGUGUGUGCGCAUAACAGUGACUACGACUCAGAGUGAAUGGCUGAUCAUAAGCAGCAUAAGCAUCUGGACGAAGGCUGGUCCCUGA